GGAGAUGGUGCGCGGCGCUGAGAGGCGAGGCGGGGACGCGGAUCCCCGCGGGGUCGACGCGGACGCCAGGCGCGCGUUCCUGGGGCCGGACUCAGAGCGAGCUCCUAUUUGACCCUCGCUGGAGCCCGGGAUCCGGACCGGAACAGGCCCGGUUGAGCCGGGGGGGGCGCGGGGGGGGGGGCGUCCGGCGAGGAAGCCGGGGAUCUAAAGGCCCGCGUGGAGGGGUCGGGGUGGCCUGCGGCCCCGGGGAGUGUCGGGUCCUCCGAGGGAGGACAGCGGCGGCGUAUCUCUAACUCAGGUAUUCGCCUGGCAGGGUCAUGGACUUGGGCUGGAAGAAAAUUACACCUUCAUCGUCUCUUCGGGAAGCAGCGUUUUCUUCCCUGACGGACGUGCAGUGUCAGCAGUGACCAAAACCGAGUCGUGGUGCCCUGGAGGUAAAAGCCAGAGAUGGACCUGGUGAGACUUGCCCGGCUCUUCUCCAGCCCCCGCCCCCUGGGACUGUCCAUCCUGCAACACCUUGACCCUCUCAGAGCCAGGUGGGCAGGAGGUAGGGAAGGGCCUGCGUGGCAGAGGUCCAUGGGGCUGACCGGGCCAAUACCAGCAGCCUUCAGCAGCUCCCUCUCUCAGCUGCCCCUCAGCCAGGGGAGCCAGAAGAACAUUCGCAGCCUCAGCUCUGACCCACGCCAGCCCAGCCCCAUGGCCACCCAGGAGGAAGAGGAGGAAGAGAGUUUUGGGACUCUCUCCGAUAAAUACUCCUCCCGGAGAAUGUUCCGCAAAUCGACGGCCCAGCUGUAUAACCUACGGCUCAGGGAGCAAGAUGAAGAAGAUGAUGAACGGGAGCUAGAGCCAAAAUCAUGGCAGGGCCGAAGAAACACCCCUUACUGGUACUUCUUUCAGUGCAAACGCCUGAUCAAGGAAGGAAAGCUGGCUGAGGCCCUGGACCUGUUUGAGAGGCAGAUGCUGAAGGAGGAGCGACUCCAGCCCCUCGAGUGCAACUACACGGUGCUGAUUGGGGGCUGUGGGCGGGCUGGCUACCUGAAGAAGGCUUUCCAGCUCUACAACGAUAUGAAAAAGCGGGGCCUGGAGCCCUCCGAUGCCACCUAUACAGCCCUGUUCAAUGCCUGCGCCGAGUCCCCCUGGAAGGACUCCGCUCUGCAGAGUGCCCUGAAGCUACGGCAGCAGCUCCAGGCCAGAAACUUCCAGCUCAACUUGAAAACAUAUCACGCCUUGCUGAAGGUGGCAGCCAAGUGUGCAGACCUUAGGAUGUGCCUCGAUGUGUUCAAGGAAAUUGUUCAUAAAGGACAUGCGGUCACAGAGGAGACCUUCAGCUACUUGCUCAUGGGCUGCAUCCAGGACAAGAAGACAGGCUUCCGGUAUGCCUUGCAGGUGUGGAGACAAAUGCUGAGUCUGGGGCUCCAGCCAAACCGGCAUGGCUACAACCUGCUGCUGGGGGCAGCUCGCGACUGCGGCCUGGGGGACCCAGAAGUAGCCUCAGCGCUGCUCCUGAGACCCAGGGAAGAGAUGGUGCUGCUCCAGCCCCGGGCAGGUGGGCGGCAGGCAAGGAGGAAAGCCCAGGCUGGGGCGGUUGACAGCAUGUCAGCCAGGCUGCACGUGGAGACCUUGGAGAGACAGUUGUUUCUGGAACCUUCUCAGACACUUGAAAGGCCUUCAGAGCCUCAGGAGGCCAGAGUCGUCAGCAAGGCCGAGCCUGAGAUGGAAACCAAAGUGGAUCCUGAUCACACUGUGGCCCUUGCCUCUGUGGCCUCAGAGCCGCCUCCCCGGGAGCUGGAGACUAACCUCCUGACUCUGGGGCCAGUCCCCCCGGCUGUGGUCUCCUUUGGGACCGUGACCACGUCAGCAGACAGGCUGGCUUUGAUGGGGGGCCUGGAGGGCUUCCUGGGCAAGAUGGCAGAGCACGGACUCCAGCCUGACAUCAAAACCCUCACGCUUCUGGCUGAGGUGGUAGAUCCUGGUAGCCCCGCAGAGUCCUCACUGCUGACUCUCCUGGACACGUACCAGGUGGAGGUCGAUGUGACAUUCUUCAACACUCUGAUGAGGAAGAAGAGCAAGCUGGGUGAUCUGGAGGGGGCAAAGGCGCUGCUGCCAGUCCUGGCAAAGAGGGGAAUUGUCCCCAACUUACAGACAUUCUGCAAUUUGGCCAUUGGAUGCCGUAGACCACAGGAUGGUCUGCAGCUGCUGGCAGACAUGAAGAAAUCCCAGAUGACCCCCAACACCCACAUCUACAGCACCCUCAUCAAUGCGGCCCUCAAGAAGCUGGACUACACCUAUCUCAUCAACAUCCUGAAGGACAUGAGGCAGAACAGAGCUCCAGUGAAUGAAGUCAUCAUCCGCCAACUGGAGUUUGCAGCCCAGUACCCACCCACCUUUGACCGGUACAAAGGGAAAAACACCUACUUGGAGAAGAUCGAUGGCUUUCGAGCUUAUUAUAAGCAGUGGCUGAAAAUGAUGCCAGCAGAGGAAACCCCCCACCCAUGGCAGCAGUUCCGAACCAAGCCCACGGGGGACCAAGACACUGUCUCUGCGGCUGAUGUGGACAGAGGCCGUGGGGGCAGGUGAUGAGGAGGCCCAGGAGGAUCUCCAUCCAACAAAGUGCACAGCCUUCACAGUGCUUUGUGGGAACUUCAGGAGUCCCUUUCAUAUUAAAGACACAUGAACAUGCUGGUGUAGCCUCAAGCAUGAGGACAAGGUCUGGCCAGAGUAAGAAUUGCUGCAUUUUGUAUAAAGACAAAUGCUGGGCCCAGGGUGCCUGACUAGUUCACAGCAGAUCCCAGCACAGCUUGGGCCACUUUGGCACAUCAUCUCAGGCCAUCUUCACCUGAGAGGUUGUCAUCCCCAGGGAACUUGACCCUGGUCACAUGGCAGGUGGAGUCAAGAUUGAGUCCCAAUGGCCUGGUGCUCUCCCACUGGGCUCUGUAAAGAACUAUCGCAGGGCCUAAAGGUUUAAAAGUUUUAUUUCUACAAAUCACAGCUGAUGAACACCAAAGCCUUCACACAUAGAGACCAUGCUCCAACUCGGUCCUGUGGCACUGCUCUGCCAGAAGAGCUAUCAGGAAAGGGGAUGGCACGACAGGCAGAAACCUGAGAAGUCCAAAGUCCUGGGUGGAAAGGGGUCAGGGCCCAAGGGCCUCAGCCAGAGCAGCCCCGGCAGCCGCAGUGUGUGCACUCAAUGAUCCGGCCCUGCAACAGAAGACAGUUGAGACACCGCACCCAAGCAUAUUCUCCACCCCCCCCCCCCCCCCCCGCCCACACACACACACGUAGUAAUCCUCCCACUGAGAAAAUUGACAAUGGGAGUCACUCCCUAUAGGGCACUCCUCUAUGACAGUUCUGGAUGGCAAAAAUUCAGUUCCUGUGUGAAAAUGGAAACAGCUGCUGUUGACACUAAAGUUACAACUCAUUGAACUUUUAAUUUAAGCCAAUUAAACACAUUUCUCCCAAAAGGGGGGAAAAUCUGUGUGACUCUUGUUAUUCUGUAAAGUGAGCAUUAUAUACCCUGCUAUGAGCUGAGGGGGUGGGGGGAAUUCCUACUGUUCAGGGGUCUCAGAUCCUUGGCUGGGGAACCUUCCAGUAGGCCAUGGGGAGAGGAUGGUAUGCACUUGAAUCUGUACAGUAGCAGAAGUCUUUUCUCCCAGGCCAGGGGCCUGUCUAGUCGACAGAAGACCUCAAAGCAGUGGUUUAUAUUUAUUUUUCUCUUUUUUGGAGUAAGACCCUUACCUAAGCAAAUAAGAUCUGAUGGUGAAACCAAACUAAGUCCAAAGCAGGCUCUGUUCUGGCCAUAAGGCUGGGGGAGUACCUCCCACCAGACGCUGCCAUGGAAUCCUGGUGGUCUCAGAGGAGCUCCUGCCACUCUGCCCCCAGAAAACUAACACCCAGAACCUUCCCUUGGGGAGGCAGCCCUCGUUCACUUUCCACUGCUCAGAAUGCUGUGUCUUUCACUUUCCAGAUGAUUCAGGGAGACAGCUGCCUACUGAGCUAAAGCCCUGGCCCAGAGCUGAAACUACAAACUAACUGGUCUGCAGAGUAAAGGGUCCCUGUGGUGACUGAAAGGCCAAACCAGAAGGUGAAAAAUCUGGCUUCAGCUCCCAACUGGACCCACAACUGUCAGCCAAGGGGCUACACUCAAAGGCCACUAAUGGCCAACAUCCCAGUAACUUCUCUGCCUCCUGUAGCCCCAUUUCAGAGGGGCUUGUGCUCUCAGCUCAGUUACUGCAUACCCAGCACCAUUUCCGAGGUUUGUAACUCAAAAGUUCUGACAGAAGAAAUAGUGUAAUUAAAG